AUGUCAAAUAAAGCUUCCAGCCGUUUCUUUACACUUUGUAUUACUGACAUCAUCGACCGGGGUGUUUCCUUAGCCGAAGCCGAAAUUCGACUUGAUCUGUUCAUCGCGGCGUUCAGCCUGUACGAAGUUGGAGAUGCCGAAGUUUGCCGCUCGCUUCACAACAUCCUGGCUCCGUGCAUGGAUGAAUUGUCAGUGUCUCCGUUACCCGGGGCCAAAGUUCUGCUAAAAUUGCUGCAAUCAGCUAAGGUGUAG